CUCAAAAUCCACAGACUUUCCAAGGCAAAAAAUCCCAUUUCCCUCCUCCGAUCACCCUCUUCUUUCUUUCCUGCGACCGAGGGGAUCGUCGAUCGAUGGCAACAAUGGGCGUGGGCGGAGCGGUGAAGAUGAUCGUCGGGGCGAAGGUGGAGCGGGUGCUGGCCACGUCCAAGGCGCCCGGCGCUUGCCCGUCCUGUGGCGGCCCCGUGGUGGCGACCGACGUGGAGAGCGAGCGGCGCAUCCUGUGCCUCCCGCUGUGCCUCAAGAACAAGCGCAAGUACUCCUGCACCAGGUGUUUCCGCCGCCUCGUCACCAUCUACAGCUAGAUCAAGCUUCUUCCAGCAGUAUCGAUCUGUCCAUCCUUCGAAUAGCCGCGUAGGGAGCCAAUCAGUUAAUCCGCUCGAGUUCUUUGGUUCUUCUUGGCCGUGGUUACGGCCCUAGAGUAGCUUGCUGGCCUGGCCAAUGUAAUGGGGAUUCUGUGUUAAUUCUUCUAGUAGUUCUUAGCUGGUGUAUUGA